AAAGCCUUUAAAUUCUAGAAAUAGAAGAGAUGGAGCGUAAGGCGCCAAGGAUUUUAAAUAAACCGAACUUAGUAACAUUUACGCGCUUCCUCUUGCUGUUGACUUCGUUUUAUUUUGCCGAAAGGAAUCCUUUUAGAUUCCUGUUUCUCUAUGUUGUUAGUGCUACUCUUGAUAUAUUCGACGGGAAUAUCGCAAGGCUCUUCCAUGAAGAAACAAUCGUCGGUGGUCUGUUUGACAGCUCGUUGGAUCGCGUUUCUACGCUCUAUAUCUACUUGUUAGUUCUUAGGAAGCAUCCAGACAUUCUACACCACAUGUACCUAAUCACCGUACUGGACGUUUUUGGUCAUGGCAUUCACAACUAUGCCUGUGCACUUAUUGGUAAAAUUAAUCAUAAAAGUGUAAAAGAUGCUAUACUACUGCUAAGAGUAUAUUACGAAAACAGAAAUUUUAUGGGUGCCUGUAUAAUAUCCUACGAAACAUUUUGGCUUAGCUUAUAUAUACGAUCGUUUCAUGACAAACUUUCUGGUAUAUACACCCUAGGUACCGUCUUGCUUUACAUAUCCUUUCCUCUAAUGUUUUACAAGACGCUGACAAACUUGUUACAAGGGUUAUUUGGUCUCCAGCGCAUUUUAAAGCAUGAAAUCGAGUUAUACAACAGGGAAACUGGUAGUAAAACUACCACUCCUGGAAAAUAGCUCUACAUUUACAGUUCAUUUUUGGCAAUUAGAUCCGAAACUUAUCGAUUGCCUAAUUAAUUUUAAAUGCAGACAAAACAAUGAGUAAUUUUAAAUAGCGGUGCUUAUACUGCCGGAAACAUCUUGGAAGGGAAUCUGAAGAUAAAGGAAAGAUUUUAUGGAGGUGUAGUGGCCCUGAGAUUUCUCGUCUGUCUACCAGUAGGGAUUUCUGCUUUACCUGAGUAGCAGUCAGAUCUCUGUCUUUUUGCUGCAGAAGUAGGUCAAGUCGGCAUACGCUGCAAAAUCCUACUACACAAUGUCCAUAUAAAUUUAAAGACUCAUUUCCAUCCC